GCUACUGCACCUAUUGUGUGUCGCGAUCUCGCUCUCCGCUUCCCGCUCGGGUGUCUGUGGAGGAAGGCUACGUUUCAUUGCCGCCUAGGCUUAACCCCUCCGGUGCCUAACAGGACAGUAAGCCGGCUCCCUGCGACCAGGAAAAACUCCUGGGAGCUGGAGGACUCGGGUAACAAGACCCUAGGGUGCAAAGAAGUCAGUUGAAGAAGGAGCACGAGUGCUAGGGCUCGGUACCCCAGCUUUGCUGGGGUGGGGAAGAGGCGCUGGCUUUAAGAAGGGGGAGGGGAGAGUGCAAUCCGGGUUGCCCGCGGACUUCGGCAAAGGAAAUCUGCGAGCUCGGAAGCGAGGAGCAGGGAGGAGAGAGGAGGGGCGGCUCCCAUCCCCAGCUCCCGCCCCCGCCUACACCCUGGGCGGGCUGAAGUAUCACGUUUGCACUUAGAAGGAUCCUUCCCGUCUCUGGUGGCGAGCUGGGCUGCGGUUUCUGCUGCCGGUCUGGGGAGGUGAUGCCUAGGGGGUAUGCUGAUUGCUAGGCAGCACCCGCUGGGAUCCGACUGCCUUAGUUACCUUUCCUGGUCACCUGAAGCAAUCCUAGGAUCGCCCGUUUCCGGUUCAGACCAGCCAGGUCUCCCCAGGAAUCUCAUCAGAACAGAACCAUGGGGCAUCCCCCUCUGGAGUUCAGGGACUGCUAUCUGGACAGUCCCAAUUUUCGCGAGAGGCUCAAGUGUUAUGAGCAGGAGCUGGAGAGGACCAAUAAAUUCAUCAAAGACGUGAUCAAAGACGGCAACGCGCUAAUCAGCGCAAUGAGAAAUUAUUCCUCAGCUGUUCAGAAAUUUUCCCAGACUCUGCAGUCCUUUCAGUUUGAUUUUAUUGGAGACACUCUGACUGAUGAUGAGAUUAACAUUGCUGAAUCCUUCAAGGAAUUUGCUGAAUUACUCAAUGAAGUUGAAAAUGAAAGGAUGAUGAUGGUACACAAUGCUAGUGAUUUGCUGAUCAAACCCCUGGAAAGUUUUCGGAAGGAGCAAAUAGGCUUCACCAAGGAGCGGAAAAAGAAAUUUGAAAAGGAUGGUGAGAGGUUUUAUUCUUUGUUGGAUCGACACUUACAUCUGUCUUCCAAAAAGAAAGAAUCUCAGUUACAAGAGGCAGACCUGCAGGUGGACAAGGAGAGGCACAUUUUUUUUGAGUCCUCCCUUGAUUAUGUUUAUCAAAUCCAGGAAGUUCAGGAGUCCAAGAAGUUCAAUAUUGUGGAGCCGGUUUUGGCCUUUCUCCAUAGCCUCUUCAUUUCCAACAACUUGACUGUGGAGCUCACACAGGAUUUCCUCCCUUACAAACAAAAGCUCCAGCUAAGUUUGCAGAAUACAAGAAAUCAUUUCUCCAGUACUCGAGAAGAGAUGGAAGAACUUAAGAAAAGGAUGAAAGAGGCUCCCCAGACCUGCAAACUUCCAGGACAGCCAACAAUUGAAGGCUAUCUCUAUACCCAAGAGAAAUGGGCUUUGGGAAUAUCCUGGGUGAAAUACUACUGCCAGUAUGAGAAAGAGACCAAAACACUCACCAUGACACCAAUGGAGCAGAAGCCAGGCGCUAAGCAGGGGCCCUUGGACUUAACCCUGAAGUACUGUGUGAGAAGGAAGACAGAGUCUAUUGACAAGAGGUUCUGUUUUGAUAUAGAAACUAAUGAAAGGCCAGGAACCAUCACUCUACAGGCCCUUUCAGAAGCUAAUAGAAGGCUAUGGAUGGAGGCCAUGGAUGGGAAAGAGCCUAUCUACCACAGCCCCAUAACAAAACAGGAAGAAAUGGAGCUGAAUGAAGUGGGCUUCAAGUUUGUUAGAAAGUGCAUCAAUGUCAUUGAGACAAAAGGGAUCAAGACAGAGGGAUUGUACCGAACCGUGGGCAGCAAUAUUCAAGUUCAGAAGCUGCUAAAUGCCUUUUUUGAUCCUAAAUGCCCAGGAGAUGUUGAUUUUCAUAAUAGUGACUGGGACAUUAAGACAAUCACCAGCUCCUUGAAAUUCUACCUCAGGAAUCUUUCUGAACCUGUCAUGACCUAUAGACUACAUAAAGAGCUGGUCUCUGCUGCCAAGUCUGACAACCUGGAUUAUCGCCUGGGAGCUAUUCACUCCUUGGUAUAUAAGCUACCAGAAAAGAACCGGGAGAUGCUGGAACUUCUUAUAAGACACUUGGUCAAUGUGUGUGAGCACAGCAAAGAGAAUUUUAUGACCCCCUCCAACAUGGGGGUGAUCUUUGGUCCCACGCUGAUGAGAGCUCAGGAGGAUACUGUGGCUGCCAUGAUGAAUAUCAAAUUCCAGAACAUUGUGGUAGAAAUCCUAAUUGAGCACUUUGUAAAGAUCUAUUCAGGCCCACCUGAGGAAAGUGCUGCACCCCCAGUGCCUCCACCUCGAGUGACAGCUAGAAGGCACAAACCAAUCACGAUUUCGAAGCGCUUGCUGCGGGAAAGGACACUUGUCUAUAAUACCUCUUCCCUAGAUGAAAGUGAAGAUAAAAUCCAACAUCAAACACCCAAUGGUACUGUCAUCAACAGUAUAGAAAUCCCCAAACCACCACAAUACCCCAACCUGCCUAUUCAGAAGAGUGGGGAACCUGAUCCUGGGAGAAAGUCCCCAAGCAGACUUGCUUCAGAUGGCAAAUUGGAGUCCUGCCCCGAGGUGGACGUGGGGAAAUUGGUGUCUAGGCUGCAGGAUGGAGGAGGGAGCAAGGCCACCAAUGGACCUGUGUCAGGCUCUGGGCCCACCAAGGCCUCCUCUUUCCACAUAAAGAGACCAGCUCCUCGGCCCCUAGUUCAUCACAAGGAGGGAGACUCUGACAGUUUCAGCAAAGUGUGGCCUCCAGGAGAAAAGCCAACCAUCAUCCGUCCCCCAGUGAGACCUCCAGAUCCUUUCUGCCGGGCAGCUACUCCCCAGAAAACAAAGCCAGAUAUUGUAGUUGGCAAUGCAGGGGAAAUCCCAUCAUCUGUGGUGGCUUCCAGGACCAGGUUCUUUGAAACAGCUUCUCGGAAAAUAGGAAGUUCUCAAGGCAGACUUCCUGGAGAUGAGAGUUGAAGACUCAGGUUUAAAAGCCUUGGCCUCUGAAGACCUUUUCCAGGUUUUGGAAGGAUCUUCAAACCCUGUGUGCUGAGUCAUUUUGUGCUGAAGAACAGCUCCUUCCUGGCCCUGCACCUUUAGGCUCUAGGAUGCUAUAAAUAGGGGGCACAUGUCCUAGAACAGGUUUAUUUCUCCUUUUUAUUCUGUCUUUAUCCCGUCAGAAGUUCUAUUUUGAGCUCCUGUAUGACUGUGAAUGGAUAAACUCCCUCAAGCCAGACUCUGCAGAAACCAAGCUAUCCACUGACCUGAGUUGAAGAGGGGAGCUCAGUUUUCAACUCUUCCUGAACUUCCUGCCUCCUCAAAAGGACAUCGAACUCUGAAUGAUUUGGGACUAACCACUGAUCUAAAAAAUCUUACCCUGAACUGAAAACUACUUGGGUUGGGGCCUUACCUAGGAAGCAAGGAAGUAUGAAUGUUUGCUAAACAUCAGAGAAUCAUAACAUGUCUCUUACUGAUGAUAUGGACCCUGGUGCCAGGUUGGAGCUCUCAUGCUGCAAUAUAUUGCCAAGAACCUGUCUGCUUCUGUGGGGCCAGACAGCUUGGGUGAUGUCCCCCCACAAACUGUCCAUGUGAACUCAGGAAGGUAGCCUUCCUGCUCUUACAUACAACCACCUAAGACAAAUCUGCAAAGCACAUUUUGCAGGUCAAAGCCUAGGUCUGUUUGAAUUAUUCUUCUGCCUGUUUUGCCCUGGCAGCUUCCUUUCCAAGUAAGCAAGAAAGAAAUAAAGAAAAGCUGAAAACA